UUUUGGACUUCAUCUCCCAGAAGCCCCGGCUGGUAUGAACAAUGCUCUGGAAUUCUGGGAGUUGAAGUCCAAAAUUUGUAGAGAAAGGAAGGAAAGAAGUAGUCUGAAGAGGCCGCCCUUGCGAUUCGCUGCGUUGGGCAACACAGUCCUGGAUUCCUCUGCUGCCUUCUCUGAGAUGCUGUCACUUUUAUAAUACUAAGGAGGAAAAAGAAGUGUCACAGAACAAAGCCCAUGACACAAGAGCUGCAGAAUGGCAGAUUUCCCCAGCUGGGGCUGUGUCUGCUUUGUGGUUUACCAGCAGCAGGUAAAACAACAACAGCACAAGUACUGAGUCAAUCGGUGAGGAAGCACAAAGGAUGGCAGUGUGUUCUUCUCACUUAUGAUGAUCUCAUUCCUAUGGAGGCGUUCAUCCAAAUGGAGGGACCGGAGGAACAGCAGUCUUUGAUGGGUAGCUGGAGAUUAUACCGACAAGAAUUAUUGCUGUGCCUUGAACACUUUCUCCAAGCGCUUAUUACAGGAUGCCAUUAUUCUCCUCAAAACAUUACUGAAACAACAUGGGAAAGAUUUGUCUGCUGCUUGAAAGAGCAAGGAUUAAUAUCUGUGAGAAGAGAAGACUCUGCAUCUUGUCAAUAUUUAAUAGAUUUCACCUCUCCUAGUCCAAUAUAUUUUGUUUUAGAUGACAAUUUUUAUUAUCGGAGUAUGAGAUAUGAAGUAUACCAGUUAGCUCGCCAGUAUACGCUUGGCUUCUGCCAGUUAUUUCUAGAUUGUCAAGUUGAGGUUUGUUUGGAGAGGAACAGCCAGAGGAAACAACCAUUACCUGAAGAAACCAUAUAUGCAAUGGCACAGAAAAUAGAAUGCCCAAAUCCAGAGAAGUACACAUGGGAGCAUCAUAGCCUUAUUCUGAAGAGUGCGGGAUCUGCAUUAGAAGAUAAUCUUCAAAUGCUAGAUUUGUUGUCUGCCGCUUUGGAAAAUCCUGUGAAACCCUUGGAAGAGAAUACAGAACUGAAGGAAAUAGAUCGAGCUAUUUGUGCAACCAGUGCUCUUCAUCAGACUGACCAGGCUAUCAGGCGAAUAGUGUCGCAAACAAUGAAGAAUGCUAAAGAUAAUAAUGUUGCUUUGUGUGAGCUGAGAAGCUUGGCAGAAGAACUAAACAGGCUGAAGUUGAAGUUCUUGGAAGGCUUAAGACACAAAUCUAAUGAAGAAAAUCAGUGUUGUCUACAAAAUAAUACAUUUAAUAUAAAUGUAACAUCUGCUUUCAGCCAAGAGGCAGAUGACAUUGUUAAAAAGUAUUUAAAUAAAAAGUAGCGCCUUUCUGGCUUUGAAGAGAGAUGUAUGGAUCAACAAGAAUACUAAACAGUUGUUCUGGAUAACAUUUAAAUUUGAAUCACUAAAGAAUAUUUUGGAACUGGCAUUUUCCAUGCUACUUAAAGGAAACAGCAUCACAGUCAAAAUCAUAUUGAGUAAGAGAGGCUAGUUCCCAACCAACAAAGUACAUUAGAACCAUCUUGCUUCUUACCUGCCAUCUGAAAUAUAUAUGAAGUUAGGCAUUUUUGAUUCAUGCAUUUGUAAUGAAUCCAUAAGUUUCAUCAGAUAAGUUAGCCAAAAUACCAUACUUAUAGUAGCAUCCAGGCUGCAAUUUUUGAACAGAAAAGCAGGAACUGUAAAUGUAAUGAAUUCACAGUGAGCAAUACUUAAGUCAUUACAUUAUGCUGGCUUUGAAGUGCUGAAUUCCAACCUUACUUUUGUUUGAGAAAUCAGUAAAUGAUUUUUGUACUUACUAGAUUGCAUUUACAGCUUAUCAUUCGUCAUCAUGCUUUGGCAUUCUGGAUUCUGAUUACAUAAAAUUAUUUGUCACUUUAGGCAUUUGUUUGAAUUAAAUGUGUUCUUUACUGUUCAUUAGCUUGCCCACACUUUGUCAGGAAGUCCCUUAAAUGAACAGUGCUUAGAGUUACCAUCACACCCCAAAAGAAACUUGGAACUUCUAAUAGGUGUAAUAAUCUGGAAAUACCUGCUGGAAAAAGUUUACAUUUUAUAUAUGAUGUAUCUGAGCUUUCAAAAAUAAGUGUAACAUUUUUUCUACUCUAGUGAUCAGUUAUUACUACUGUCCUAGCAGUUAUAAUCUGUAUUUGUUCUAAUAUAGAGCAAGGAUGCACCAGCACUUAGCAACAAAAAAAUCUCCCAAUACACUAUGGGAAGACAUCUAAAAAGUUAUCCUACUUCAACAUGGUCUUGUGGACAUGCCUGCUUUUUUCAGCCACUCUUUUUCCUUUACCUCUAUUAUCAAUUUGCUUAUCUUUUCAGUCCAUUUGCCAUUACAAAGCCCACUGAGGUCAACAGAGCUCAUUUACAUUUCUGGUAAUGGAAAAAAAACAAACAAACUGAUAGGAGGUAGACAUGCCAUUGUCACUUUAUCAUUGCAUUAAAAGCAGAGCAUUGGAGUUGUGUGGCCUUCCAGAGGUUGCUGACCUACAACUCCUAGCAUGCCUCAUCACUGGCUAGGGCUGCAGUCCAAUAUCAGGAAAACUACACAAUUCCCACCCCAAUGACUUACGGUAUCCUAUUUAACAGAAAUCAAAUUGAUGUCCUGUUCACUGAAAGUGAAAGGGGGCCGAACUAGAAUAUACAAAACUUUUUAUUUAGCUGUCAUUUAAUUUAGUAUCUCCAGCACUGUAAUUAAAGCAUACAGAUUAUCUUGUAUUAUGGCAUGUUAUCCCAAGGGAUUUUGUCACGUGUUACCUUAGAGAGCUGCAAGAUUAGUGGUAUAUUUUAGAUAAGCAGAAGAUACUAACAAGAACAUCGUUUAAAAUACUUCUGCACCAGAAUGCAAAGUGCAGUCAUAUUUCACAUUAUGAGAAAGACACUUACAGUAUUCCUAGAAAAAAAGUUAAGACCUUAAAGCUGUUUUAUGAAGCCUUCUCUCUAAAAAAAAUAAUCAAAACUUGAAUAGGAAAGAAGUCUGACCUCAUUUAUCUGUUUAGGCACAGAGGUACCACCAAAUUUAUUAUUUCUCUGUGCUGCUUAUCCAUGUACACCCUGUAAUUCCCAAUUGUACAUUAUACUUUAGAGCAGGAAUAGGCAAAGUUGGAGAACUGCACUGACUCUCUAUGAGACCUUAGACAACUAUGCCAUAUCUCAUUUAAAAAAAAACAUCUUAAGUAAAAUUCAAAAGCACAGAAACAUCGAGGGGUGAUAACAUCAUGUUUCUGACCUGUUAACAGGAAGUGAAACAAGCUAGAACAUUUCCAGAGAAGGGUGACCAAAAUGCUAAAAGGCCUAGAAACUAUGCCUCGUGAAGAGUGACUUAGGGAGCUGGAGAAGAGAAGGUUAAGAGGAGACAUGACAGCCCUGUUUAAAUAUUUGAAAGGACGUCAUAUUGAAGAAGGAGCAGGCUUGUUUUCUGCUGCCCCAGAAAUGGAUUCAAACUACAGGAAAAGAGAUUCCACUAAAACAUGAACAUACCAAACAACUCUUCAUGCAAAGUAGUUAAGAGAUCAAUUCAAGAAAUGUACUUAGCAUAAUCUGAAAUAAAAUCUGGAUGUACAUAUUUACUUAUUGUGCAAGAGCUUGGAGAAAAACUUCCCCUGAAGAAAAUUAUACAAUAAAAGUGCAUUGAAAUUUA